AUGAUGAAUCAGACUGAAUAUCUUGGUAGAUUGAAUCAAUUACCACAUUUAAAUCUAGAUGAACUCAUACUUGAACCUCUAUCGAUCGUUACGAAUACAUCAUGUGAAAUAGAUUAUAAUAGCAACAACAACAAUGUUGGAUCACCUUUAAAGUUAAAGAAUAGUAAUAAUAAUAAUAAUAAUGGAUCACCUUUAAAGUCAAAUAUAAGAAGUGACAUUGAUCAAUAUGAUACAUUGUCAAAUAGCAACAGUAGCAAUAGUAAUAAUGAAUUGUUUUGUAAUGAUUGUAAUAAGCGAUUUCAAUCGGAACAAACUUUAAAUACACAUUUAAAUAGUAGUAAACAUAUUCAACAAGUAAAAGAGAACAAGAAGAAGACUAUAGCAAAUAAAUCUUUUGGCUCGCCAUCUCCAAAGAAACCACAACAACAACAAUCAUCAAAAACAACAACAACAACAACAACAUCAUCAGCUACAGCAACAGUAGGAGAUGGAGGAAAUAUAGAUAGUUUCCAAAAGAAACAGUUGGAACUGAUGAAUAUAGUACCAUCGAAACCGAAUCUAACAUUGAAGAACCUGUAUCAAGCUGCCAAGAAUUACACUGCACAUCAUAUGAUUAAGGAAGCUGCACUAUGUUUAUUGAAAAUGUUACAUUUUCAACAACAACAACAACAACAAUCAUCAUCAUCAAUUGAAUUAAAAGAAAAAAGUCAACAAAGACAACAACAACAACAUCAACAGACAUGUUUACCUUUAGAUUUAAAGGUCGAUAUUUGGUCAAAGAUCAAUUUGGAAACAAAGACACAUUUGAACUUUGCAAGACUGACAAGAAUGUUCGAUCGUAAACUCUCUGAAUAUCACUAUACACAAGCAUUGUUAAAUAGUUCAAUAAUCACAUCGCCAACGAUGAAAGACAAACUAUUCGAGAGUGAAUAUCUUUUGAAUGAGCUUUCCGAACAACAUCCACAGACUAUCAUCGAUCUACUCACAUCCAUCAGCAGCACUACCGCACUCAGCGAAAUAUCAGACGAACAAAAACAACAAUUGGAAUCAACCAUUACAUUCCUCGAUGAAAUAGCAGGUGGAUUAUCAUUCGAUCGUAUCAACUAUAAAUCAAUAUUACUUUAUUUGUUAUCAUAUUCAAUUUCAAACAUUUUAAAUAUGAAUUCAAGAUCUAGAAUUACAUUACAGAGAAUCAUUAGAUUGUAUGUUGGAUUGGCAUUGGAUCAUAUUGUGGUGGAUAUGUUUAUUUUACAAUAUAAAGUAUCGGAUUCCAUUCAAGAUAAACAGUCAUCUCUUAUCAAUGCAUUAAGAUACGCCUUGGAGUUGAUCGAUAUUUUAAAGUUAAACCAAAUCAUUAAUAUUUAUACACAAUUUAAAAUAUCAACAACAACAUCAAUAUCAACAUCCACUAAACAAACAAAUAUCUUUACAGAGCAAUUAGAUUUCUUAAUUUCACUUGGCAAAGCAGUGAUAUCGAACGAUACUUUGUUAUUCGAUUCAUUUAGAGAUACCUAUGAAUUUAUAACAAUAACACAACAAGAUAAAGAUUUAAAUACUCUAAUAACUAAACUUUAUGAAAAGUUAAUUUAUGGUCAAUAA